CACCCAGGCUGCUGUAUGGACAGCAGCUUCUCUGGGACCUGUGUUCUCUAGAAGACAGGAGAAAGGAUGAUCACGCCAGGAGACCCAGCCCAGACAGAACCUGAAGGCUGCAGAGGUAUCAUGAGUGCCAAGGAGGAUGCUAAGUGGCUUCAGUGGGUGACACACCAGUUUGAGACCAUUGCUGGAGAAGACCGGCAAGAAUUCAAAACAGCCCUGAAUGUGAAAGAGUCCUUCUUUGCUGAGCGGUUCUUCGCCCUGUUUGACUCGGAUGGAAGUGGCACCAUCACCCUGCAGGAGCUGCAGGAGGCACUGACCCUGCUCAUCCACGGCAACCCCAUGGACAAACUCAAAUUCCUCUUCCAGGUGUAUGACGUCGAUGGCAAUGGCUCCAUCGAUGCCGACGAGCUGCGCACCGUGCUGCAGUCCUGCCUGCUGGAGAGCGCCAUCUCGCUGUCGGAGGAGAAGCUGGACCAGCUGACGCUGGCGCUCUUCGAGUCUGCGGACAAGGACUGCAGCGGCGACAUCACCUUUGAGGAGCUCCGAGAUGAGCUGCAGCACUUCCCCGGCGUCAUGGAGAACCUGACCAUUAGUGCUGCCCACUGGCUGAAGCCCCCUGCCACCAAACGGCACCCACCCCGUCCUCGCCCACUGACCUCUGCCUACUGGCACAAUCACCGCAGCCAGCUACUCUGCCUGGCCGCCUACGCGGGCCUCCAUGUGCUGCUCUUCGCCCUGGCAGCUAAUGCGCACCGGGCCCUCGGCAUCAGCGUCAUGGUGGCCAAGGGCUGCGGCCAGUGCCUCAACUUCGACUGCAGCUUCAUCGCGGUGCUGAUGCUUAGGCGCUGCCUCACGUGGCUGCGGGCCACGUGGCUGGCUCAGGUCCUGCCCCUGGACCGGAACAUACAGUUUCACCAGCUUAUGGGCUAUGUGGUGGUCGGGCUCUCCCUGGUGCACACUGUGGCCCACGUUGUGAACUUUGUGCUCCAGGCCCAGUCUGAGUCCAGCCCCUUCCAGUUUUGGGAACUGCUGCUCACCACGAGGCCUGGCAUUGGCUGGGUCCAUGGCUUGGCCUCCCCGACCGGCGUGGCUCUCCUCUUGUUGCUGCUCCUCAUGUUCGCCUGCUCCAGCUCCUGCAUCCGCAGGAGCGGCCACUUUGAGGUGUUCUACUGGACCCAUCUGUCCUACCUUCCCAUGUGGCUCCUGCUCAUCCUGCAUGGACCCAACUUCUGGAAGUGGCUGCUGGUCCCCGGCAUCUUGUUCUUCCUGGAGAAGGCCGUCGGGCUGGCGGUGUCCCGCAUGGCAGCCCUGAGCAUCGUGGAAGUCAAUCUGCUCCCCUCCAAGGUGACUCAUCUCCUCAUCAAGAGGCCCCCCCUUUUCAACUACAGGCCUGGCGACUACUUGUAUCUGAACAUCCCCACCAUCGCGCGCUACGAGUGGCACCCCUUCACCAUCAGCAGUGCUCCGGAGCAGAAAGACACCAUCUGGCUACACAUCCGCUCGGAAGGCCAGUGGACAAACAGGCUCUAUGAGUCCUUCAAGGCAUCAGACCCAGUGGACUGUGACACCAAGAGACUGUCGAGGAGUUUGAGAAUGAGAAUGAGCCAGAGGAGGCCCCAGGUCUCUGAGAUGCCCCCUGAGAACCACCAACUCUGUAACAUCAAGUGCUACAUCGAUGGCCCUUAUGGAACCCCCACCCGCAGGAUCUUCGCCUCUGAGCAUGCCGUGCUCAUCGGGGCGGGCAUUGGCAUCACGCCCUUUGCUUCCAUCCUGCAGAGCAUCGUGUACAGGUACCAGAAGAGAAAGCACAUUUGCCCCAACUGCCAGCACUGCUGGAUGGAGGGCAUCCAGGACGAAGACAUGAAGCUCCACAAGGUGGACUUCAUCUGGAUCAACCGAGACCAGCGGUCUUUUGAGUGGUUUGUGAGCCUGCUGACCAAACUGGAGAUGGACCAGGCCGAGGAGCCUCAAGAGGGUAGAUUCCUAGAGCUGCACAUGUACAUGACCUCGGCGCUGGACAAGCAGCUGAGUCUUGGCAUUCCUCUUGGCUACGGACAGAUGGCAUGGCUGCCACUGCCAACCCAUGGCAUUGCCAGCUUCAGGCGGGUGUUCCAGAAAGUGGCCGCUGAGAAGAAGGGCAAGGUGCAGGUCUUCUUCUGUGGCUCCCCAGCCCUGGCCAAGGUGCUCAGGGUCCACUGUGAGCAGUUCGGCUUCAGAUUCUUCCAAGAGAACUUCUAGCCCCGCCUCUCUGAGCUCCGCCCACCCCACCAGCCAGUGGGUCGCCUUGCACAGUGCCCCUGAGGGGCCAGCCUCGGACAGCCACACGCAGAGCGGGAGGCCCCACGGGCAGGUGGACUUCCUUCAUGAGGGGGUGGGAUGGGAGGUUUCCAGGGCAACUGCUCCUCCAAAGUACAACAGGGGUCCUUCCUGGACCUGCCUAAUGAUCACAAUCCUUCAGCAAAUUUCUCCCCCACCAUUUUAUUAUGAAAUUUUUCAAAUAUACAGAAAAUUAAGGGAAUUGUACAGUGAACAGUGUUAUCUACUUUCUAGCUUCCUCAGAUAACAUUUUGCUAUAUUUGCUUUAUGACAUAUUAUCCAUCUAUCGCUUCCUCUAUCCACCCAUCAAUGUACCUUACUUUUCGGAUGCAUUUCAAAGCACACUUUGCCACUCAGAGGACAUUUCUUUAAAUGUAGAUUCCUGGGUCCUACUCCCAGAUAUUCUGAUUCUGAAGAUCUGGGGAUGAGACCUGGAAUGUGUAUUUUAUCCAAAAUUUAUGCCUGUAGGGAGAGAUA